GUUGUUUACAAACCAAGUAUUGGUUUCUAACCUCAAAUUUAUAAACAGUAACUGAAUAAAAACAUCCUGUUGACGUUAAUGUUUAUUAUUUAAAUUGUGUUAGAAUUAAUAUUUGGUAUUAAGAAUGGCUGAUGUACGUGAUAUUUUAGACAUUGAAAGUCCAGCUGCUGCGGAAUUAACUAAAGAAUCAAUUUUUGGCAAUGAUAAAAAAACUAAACGAAAAUAUGAAUACAAAGUUCCAAAACGGCCUGAAGGAAUGCAUAGAGAAGUUUUUGCACUUUUAUGUAAAGAUAAUACUGAUGUACCUCCUAUAUAUCCUACUGAUACUGGAAAAGGAUAUAAGCAAGCAAGAGCCAAGUUGGGUAUGAAAAAAGUUAGACCUUGGAAAUGGACUCCAUUUACUAAUCCAGCACGUACUGAUGGUGCUAUAUUUCAUCAUUGGCGACGAGUUGCUGAUGCAGGAAAAGAAUAUCCAUUUGCUAAAUUUAAUAAAAAAGUUCCAAUACCAUCUUACACUAAUGUAGAAUAUAAUCAACACUUAGUUAUUGGUGGAUGGACUCGAGCAGAAACUGAUCAUCUAUUUGAUCUUUGUCGAAGGUUUGACUUGAGGUUUAUUAUUAUUCAAGAUCGUUGGGAUACUUCUAAAUUUCCUGCAAGAACAGUGGAAGAAUUAAAGGAAAGAUAUUAUCAAGUUUGUGGAGCUUUAACUAAAGCUAAGUCUCAUACAGAUAAAAUAUUUGUCUUUGAUGCGGAACAUGAAAAACGAAGAAAAGAACAGUUGAAAAAACUAUUUGAAAGAACACCAGAAUUAGUUGAGGAAGAGCAAACACUUUUAACUGAACUGAGAAAAAUAGAACAACGAAAAAAAGAAAGAGAUCGUAAGACACAAGAUUUACAAAAAUUAAUUACUGCUGCUGAUCAUCAAGCAGAUCCACGUAAAAAUGAACGGAAACCAUUAAAGAAAACAACUACAUCAUCUCGAAAUAGACCAAAUAAAUCAGACUCUGCUUACACUCAAAAGCUACAAGUCGUAGAAUCAGCGGGAAUUAAAUUUCCAGAUUUUAAAAAUAGUGGAGUCAGUCUUCGUUCACAGAGAAUCAAAUUGCCAAGUAGUUUAGGACAGAAAAAAACAAAAGGAAUCGAGCAGAUGCUCAAUGAUUUAAAAAUUGAAUUAAAUCCACCUCCAACAGAACAAAUAUGCCAGCAAUUUAAUGAUCUUCGCAGUGACAUUGUUCUACAUUAUGAAUUAAAAGGAGCUUUAGCCACGUAUGAUUAUGAAUUACAAUCACUACGUCAUCAGUAUGAAGCACUUGUACCUGGCAAAACUCUGACGAUUCCACCAGCUUUAUUACCAAAAACAGAGCCAGAUGUGAAAUCAGAAAUAAUCGACGUAAUUAUGUAGUUGAUUAAUUAAAUAACCCGUGCAUUACUUAUUCAAUAAUGUAAGGUAAUUUUUUUAAAAUUAAGAUUAUGUAUAACUAAUGGUUAGUAAAUGUAAAUAAUAAUAAAAUUUGAAUAGUUACUUGUA